CGGAAGGGGGCGGGAAGACGAGGAGGAGGAGGAGAAGGAAAAGGAGGAAGGAAAACAGCCACCUUCAGGGGUAGAGGAGGAGGCGGCGGCCGCGGCAACCGAAGGACCGAGACAAGAUGGCGGCGCUGGGGGCGCCCCGGGCCCGGACCCCGGCCCUGCUGCUCCCGCUGCUGUUGACUGCGGCGCUGGGCCCGCCCCGGGCCGCCGGGGCCGCCGCGGCCGAGGGCUUCGACUCGGUGCUGGGCGACACGGCCUCCUGCCACCGCGCCUGCCAGCUGACCUACCCCCUGCACACGUACCCCAAGGAGGAGGAGCUAUACGCCUGCCAGAGAGGCUGCAGGCUGUUUUCAAUUUGUCAGUUUGUGGAUGAUGGGAUUGACUUAAAUCGGACCAAGUUGGAGUGUGAAUCUGCUUGCACAGAGGCGUACUCCCAGCCUGGUGAGCAGUACGCUUGCCAUCUGGGCUGCCAGAGUCAGCUGCCGUUUGCUGAGUUGAGACAAGAACAACUCAUGUCCCUGAUGCCCAAAAUGCACCUGCUUUUCCCUUUGACACUGGUGAGAUCAUUCUGGAGUGACAUGAUGGACUCAGCACAGAGCUUCAUAACCUCUUCAUGGACUUUCUACCUUCAGGCUGAUGAUGGGAAAAUUGUCAUUUUCCAGUCUAAACCAGAAAUUCAGUAUCCAGCCCAGGCGGAUCGGGAUCAUUCUUCCCAAGGGAAAAACAUACCUUUAAAGAAAAUGGCCUCAAAUCCACAGCCUGCAGGCUCCCAAACCCACAGAGGCUACUUUGAAGAUGGAGAAAGCGACAGCUUUUUUAAAUGCCUCUCUCUGAAUUCCGGCUGGAUCGUGACCAUCACUCUCGUGCUCUCGGUGCUGGUGUUACUCUGGAUCUGUUGUGCCACUGUUGCCACGGCGAUGGAGCAGUAUGUCCCCCCUGAGCUGAGCAUCUAUGGAGACUUGGAGUUCAUGAAUGGACAGAAGCUGCCCAAGUGCCCACCUUCUUCCCUCGUGGCGCUUAGAUGCCAGGCUGAGGAACCUGAAGAAGCUGGGCCUCUCCCUGCCAAAGUGAAUCUUGCUCAUUCAGAAAUUUAACAUUGUUUUUUAAAGAAAAAUUAAUUUAAUAGACACUCAACUUUCCGUUCCUGAUGUGGCUUUUUUUUUUAUUAUUGGUUUCUUUGAAUAUGGGGCUUAGGAAAUUAGCUAUAAAAUGCAAAUAAAAGUUACCAAUCUGGGACAGUGGUAUUGUUUGUCACUUCACUGUAUGUUCUCUAGUAUUUGAAGAGAGACAGACAGACAUCUGGGAUCUCAUGUCUUACUAUCUGUAACUGCUUUUCACUGAUGUUUGCAAUGUGCUUUUAUUUCUUCCUUGACUAAAUUCUGUAAGCAUGUCCUCUUGCCCCCAAACCUUCUACCAUGGUCCUGGAAAUCACCCUAAUUAAUAGGUGUGUGUGAUAGGAUAUAAUGUCAAUGCUCAGAAAUGGCUCCAUAACUUGUGAUUGGAAAUUAAAAGAGAGCAUGAGGAGCCUUUCUGAGGCCUUAAUUUUCAGUUGUAGUGAGCUGAUGUCAUUAAAGUUUAAUUUGUAUCAUUCCAUGCAUAAAUGUUGUGUUAAUGCAUUACAGACACCCCGUGUUAAUAUUUUGCCUGUCUCUGUCACAGUUGUAUAUGAAUAACAUGAAAGUAGGCUGCCACAAGUUUGGGAUAACAAGGCAGUGUUUUAAACCCACCCACUUCAUUUGGAGAGGGGAGCUUUCCAAAGAACCAUUACCUAGAGUUUGUGCUGGGAGGGACCCCAUUGGAGAGGCAGAGAGGGACUUGUUUCAGGCUCUCUUUUCCUUGGGCAGUACCCACAGGGUCCUGGGCUGGCACCGCAAGAAUUGGCCGAAGCUCUUCUGGGGAGAAGGGGAAAGGUAACUCCCAACACCACUCACCAUGUUGACUGAUUUUGCCUUGAUGCCCAGAUCCCAGCAUCCUUCCAUUUUGCAGCCUAGGACCACUUUUCAGAUGCUGGAUUAGGUAGUGAUAAAUAUGCUGGCUUUCAAGCAGUUCCAAAUUAGAGGCUAGUGAUUUAGAAUAAACUGCUUUGUCCUAGAAGUGGUUAGCAGAAAGAGACUUGAAAGCCCCGAUCUAUCCCUCCUCCUCCUCAUCCUGCCUGGGGGGAGGAAGAAUCCUCUAGAGAAGUGACUUAGCCAUCAUCACCCUGGACUUGGGGGCUGGCUCCAGAGCCAGUUUGGUUCUUGUUAGCACAGAUUUAUUGUAGCUCUCAGCCCCAAGUCAUGCAGGAGACUAAUUGAAAAAGCUUUUGUGAUUCAAGGCCAUUCUUUUUCUAUGCAGAGCUACUAUAUACAUGUCUUGAAUUCCUCCUGAAACUCAUAAAAUUUUAGUAUUCUUGUAGGUAGAACUUGUAUAUAAUCCACAGACAGUUUCAUAGCUAAACUAACCCAGAGAGGUACGAGACUGGCAUGGCGCUUGUUCCAGGGCGCUAGCUGAUUCACUUUCUAUUCUUUCAUUUCCACCUGGUCGUUUUUACUCUGAGUUUCAAGAAUACCAGUUAGUUUUCCAUGACUCUUGCGUUCAAAUGACAUCAGUGUAUCUUGUCCUCCAUCUCUCUCUCUCUCUGUAUUCCUCCUCCUAGAAUCCUGGUCAUUGUUGUCAGCCGAAGCAAAAUUUUAUUCCAAGGUGAGCGGCACUGUUGAAGGUUUCCUCACAAAACAUAGCUGUCGGUACCCUCAGCAGCCUCCCUGCUCUGACCCCUCUGCCCAGCUUCCCACCUUGGGAGCAAGUUCUGGGCUUACCAAGUAGUCUAUCCAAUGUUAUUCUUCCAGAAAAUGUCAUUCUUUUGGUCACACGAAUUCAUCUCUUACUGAGCAGGCAUUUAUAAUGUGCAGGACGGAUUCGAAACUUAAAUCUUCAUCAUUGGAGAAGUCUUUUAUAUCUGCCCUCCAGGCUCCUUCACCUAUGACAAGUUUUGAUAGUAAAGACGAAGGCCCAGCCCACAAUACAAAGUGCUUUUCUUUAGUGGGGUCAGUACAGAUGUUAACAUCCCCAUUUUAUUGAUGUAGAACCGUACUUGGAUGAUUAUCACUCGUCCAUGGUGGUGGAUGGAAACACCACAACUAGUAUGGAAGAGAAUCCUGAAUUUACUAAACACUUCAUUACUUCCGUAUCCAAAGAUCACUUGAAAACCCCUAGAAGUUAUCAAGUUAAUAUUUAGACUUGGUACUCAUCCAUUUUUUACUUUAGGAUAUUUCUUAAGGGUCCUUGUGGCGAACAGGUGAUCUCUUUUGGACACAAAUCUAGGAUAGUAGACUGUAGGCAAAAUAGCUUAGGAUUCUAUAGCACUCUUAAAUUCCGUUUUCUUCUGCCAGUCUUAAGGGAGAUUCCCAAGAAGCUUAGAGCUUUCCCCUAGCCUACACCUUUUUACAAAGCAGAUUAUCAGGAAAAUCUGGAACUCAGCUAAAGAGACAUUAAAAGAGUGUUCCCUCUGGGGAGAGUAUUUGAUUUUCAGCAGAGAAGUCUUGAAGCUAAAACAUUGGACCUCUACCUGGGUAGGUGGGUGAGUUGUUAGAGGUUGUGAGGCAGAGGGGAAGAAAGGACUACAGCUGCUCCCUCCCAGUACAAAUGUUCAUUUUAAAUUAGCUAUUCCACCUUUUGGUUACUACAGUGAUUUUUUUUUUUUAAUGGUUUCUUUGGACAAGAGGUCUCCCAGUACCUCCUGGAUACGUACAUUUGUACCUCCUCAGUUUAAAUAAAGUUUUGUGUUUCCUAAGUCUGGUUGAAUGGAUCCGGGUCUGCUUGGAUUCUGAGAACUGCAAAGAACUUUGAAAAGUUUGGAGGCUCUGAUACAUGUUGUUCAAUAAUAUAAUUUAAUGCUGGGAUUGUAUAACUAUAUAAAUCAUUGAAUGCUGAGAAUCCGUGGUACUGUUGCCAUAAUGAUUUGUUAUGUAUUUAUAUUUUUUGUGUGGAGGUAUAUUUGUAUUAAACUCCAUUUCUUCCAAGGCUAUGAAGCUGGAAAGGACCAGAGCAGAUAAUCUUCCACCCCACCAUGUUACAUAGAUAAAAAAAAAAAAAAAAAAAAAAUGACCUUCCUGCCUGCUACAAUGGGAAGCAAAACUGAGAUUCCAACCAGUCUUCUUGUGUUUGAUAGCCUCCUUUCCCUUAUAUUCUGGGUUGGACUAAGAAAGUUUUAAAAGGCAAGCCUUCCCUUGAGGGUAUUUGCUUUGUACCAGAAACUAGUCUAAACUGAAGGAAUGAAGCGUGUAGAGGUAAAAUUUGAGAAGUUCACAAAAUAUAAUGUGAAAAACUUGGAUGUGAAAGAAUAAAGGCAGAUUUCUGUUUGGCUCUUAUUAUGAUAAUUUUGUAUUAAGCAUCAAGGCUGAAGGUCGUUUAGGAGCCCUCAUAACUUCAAGCUGGAACUCCGUAGGUGUUGAUGCCAUAGCAUCCAGCUCUGGGUCCCUGUAUUUUGUCUUUGUUUUUCUUUUGCUCCCUAUGGUGGUAAUGGUUUCACUCUGGGACAAGGCUUGGUUGAAAGAACAAGGCCUGUUUAGUCUGGAAAAGAGAAAACUUUGAUACCUUUAAAUGUUUGAAGGGCAGGCUCAUGAGCAAGAAGGCUUGUUCCCCUGGGCUCCAGAGGCCAAAACUAGGACAGUGGAUGAAAUUUGCAGAUUUAGCAGCCCUGCUUACCUUCAAGGGAAGAUACUUUAGAGAGGGGGUAGAGGUGGGAAGGGGAAAGGACUGGUAGAAAUAAGCCUUGUCUGUAAAAACCGCAUCAAUAAUACUAUUAAAAGACUCUUCAUGGGGGCAAAAACUUAACUAUCCAUUGGAUCUCUCUCAAAGUGGAAAACUAAGAUGUCGUGGGGGAGGCUGGAUGGUUCACUUUGUUCAGGAUUCCUUAAACAUUCUGAGGUCCCUUUUGGUUCCUGAGAGUCUAUGAUUCUAGAGUUGCCGGUUUCCUUGUAUAAUCAUGUUAAAUAACAUUUUUGUUCAAUUGCUCUACUCUGAAUGAUUUGGAUUAAUUUUUUACUGCCUCUUUGCUCUGUGUUUCUAGUGCUUAAAUUGUUUUGAAAUGCUGGAAUGGAAAAAUUGGAAGAUUUAAGUGGGAGGGAAAUAAGAUGCUUCAACAAAAGACCUUAAUGAUUGUUACCUUGAGAUUAAAUCACCUUGCAGUCUCUGUUAGAGGCCAAGAAAUGUUAAUUUCCCAAUUCUUAAAUAUGGUGGACCUAAAUAAAAUUCGGAUUGCCUGCA